UUUUCUGUGAGGUGACACCAAGUGCCCCCUGUCAGUAUGUCAUCGUCAAAUGUGGAACCCCUCUCUAACAAGAAGCAGGGACUGAAGAAACGACUGCUGAGGUUCUUCUCCAGAAGCGAGGGAAAUUUAAAGGAGAAAGUAAGGAGCCGCAGUGAGGGGGACAAGAGCCCUGCUGGGGACAGUCAUGUGGAGAAGAAGAUCAGGAGCAGCUGGAGCGAGAAGAGGGGGAGGAAGGACAGAAAUGAGGGACCAGAGGGAGCGCAAAGUUUGCCUCGACUUAGACACCCCAAAUCUGAAGAUUCUGUGCUCAGACGAUCGUCAAGGGAUUCAAAGGCUAGAUCUUUCAGUUACUCAGACUUGGAAGUCCCGUCUUCAAGCUUACUCCAGAGGUUUGGGAGUCUAACCUGGCGCAAAAAAAGGUCCAGUGUACUGGAAGAUCAUGAUGCUAACGCUAAUGCAUCAUCCUCAUCACGAUCUCAUUGGUCAAUGGGGCGCUUGGAUAGGCCGGCUGUUGGAAGUGAUUUGGAUUUGAAAAACAGGCGUCCCGUAUCCUGCAUUAUUGACUCUCCUUUCUCAGAAUUUGCCUCUAAAAGCUCAGAUCAAUGUUCCAAAAGGCAGCUAGGGGGGAAAAAGACCAUCGAGGUUUCAACAUCUUUUGACCAUUUGACAAACGAUGAUGAGGAUUAUAGUCCAAGACACCCUGCUUUCAAAGGAAGAAGUAAUCAGCUGCAGCUACCACUAACCUUUCUAGGGAAACUGGAAGUUGAAGAUGAAGAUGAGUCGCUCCCAUGCUGGGCAGAGAGUAUAUUAAAAGACUACCUAACACCAGAACACAGUACUCCAGAUUCACAACGUUAUCCUUUCUAUGAUGAAACCCAUAGUUCAGGGGUUUUGGAAGAAGAUGAAAAUCACUUUCAUUAUCGAAGUCCAAUUCAUCAUCUUAUGUCACCGAAGGAAAAAAUAGUAGAGCAAACAUCUCAAAAAGCGAUCGCACUAAAAUCCGAUGUAGAUUAUAAAGAAGGUAACCUUUCGAGAGAGAAAAACAGUACAUGUGCUGUUAUACGAAAACAAAAUUCCCAAUGUCAAAGUGGGUCAAGUUUGAACGUACAAAGUCAAGCAAACGUACAAAAUGGGAAAUCAAGAAAUCAAGUUAAUGUCUAUACCAGCAUGCUUUCUGAAAAUGUGACUCCAAAGGGUAGUACUGAAAUGGUCUCCUGUCAAAAUAUACCACUAAAUAGAGAAGGAAAUAAUACCUAUGAAUAUGAAAGUGCAAAGUGCUUACAUUCAUCCACAAAACGUACAAAGCAAAAAGUAUCUACGAAAAAGCAUAUGCCUCUAAACAGAAACUCGGAAAUUCAGGAGACCGUACAAUUACAGGACCACCUGUUUCAGGACACUAUGGAACAUAAUGUAACAAGGUCGAUACACUCCAAUACAAGAGAACAAGAAGCCAUACUUAAUCUUUCUGAACUCCAUGAAAAUAUUAAAGGACGCUCAUCUCCCAGUACACCCAAAAUAAAAUACCAAGUUAUUAUCACCAUGACUAGAGAGGAAAAAGAGCAAAGCCAGCUACCUGCACUGGCACAGGACUUGGUGAAAGGAGAUGAACUUGUAGAACAAGAUUCGAAGCUGUCAACUUCAUUGGAAUCUCAAGCAUGUGGCUAUCAUGGGGCGGGUACUAGAGAGGUAAUAGCUCAGUCACUCUCGGAAACAUCAGAGCAACCUGAAAAGAAUACGGCACAGAAGGAGGAGAUCUUAAAGAAGAGGAGGGUUUCUGAGAGCUGUCAGGGGGAACGUCUGGAAAGAUCCCUCAGCUUGGAAGCAGAUGAGGACUGCCCCCCAACACACUCUGGCUCUGAACAGGUGGCUGAAUAUUGCAGAAUUGAUUCCUCUAAAAUGGAAAAGCGUGAUAAACUAAAAAAAGAUAAUGCAAUUCCAAAAAGAGUCUAUGCUUCUAGGAUGCCAGAGAUGCGAAGAUCUUGUGAGACAUCAAAAUGGUCUGUUAAGAAGGAUAAUCAACAAAACGUGAACAUUUUAAAUAACCUUGUAUCUCCACAGGCCUAUGUUGGUCAUGUGAAAAAAAUUCAAAAAAUCUUUGAGGAUAUUGGCUCAAAGGACAUUGUGAGCCAUCAUGCAGAACCUGUGAAAUCCAUGAAAGUUUCUCAGAGGGAAAAAGAUUGUGUAUCUGACCAGGAGGUGUCCACUGCUGGGCUUUACAGACCAAUUUUCUCUCAGGUUUUUAAUCCUUUAAAAAAAGAACAUUUAGAGAACAGAAUCGAACAUGCCACCAUAUCUGUCAUUGAUAGCUCUGGAAAAUUACACCCAUGUAUAAUAACCGAAAACUAUGUGGACACAAUUGAAGAUAUUGUAGAAAACAAUGAUAGCCUUGGUAAAGAUUUUGCAGAGACUCAUUUAAGCAAUAGUCACAAAGACAAGGAAGCUUUUCAAAGACACACCAGACCUAUGUUACAAGAUUUACAGUUUGCUCCCAGAACACCGACUUCACCCACUCAGAAAACUAAGAAUAAUUUUUCUUUUUCUCUGGGUUCACCAAAAGGUUGGAAAAAUGAGAGUGCUGUCGUACGACCAACCAAACAUUUCAUUGGACAGAGAUUUGAAAACCAAAGGGACACUACUCCAGUGCCAUCUUCUAAAAGUAAUGUCUUUUUUACAGAGAACUUUUCUAAUUCUAUUACAGAUUCAGACUUGAAACACAAAGGAGAGCAGACUAAUCAUAACAGGGUAAAACAGUCACAAAAAGAACACAGAACAGAACUCAAUACAACAAUUGCUCCAAAUUUGGUCUAUGAUGAAAGUCCUGCCAUAAAUACAAAAGAGAAACGGGACAAAAGCAAAACUGUGAGAGGCUUAGCUUUGUUAAAAAACAAGAUCCAAGAAGAAUAUAAGAAACAUGAAGAUUUGAAACAAACAGUUGAGACAAAGGGCAAAAUUACAAAUUUACAGUUAGAACAAAAAAUCAAAAUAGAUUGUGAUUCAUUGGAUUUGGAAAAUCAAGAAGGAUCUGCAGAAGAACCUAUGAUAUCACCUAAUAGGAGCCAGAGAAGGAGAGAUUUCCAAAAACACAUUUCCACUCAGAAUAAAGACCUGGGAAGUUCAAAUGACAGCAAUCGAUUAAGAGUAAACAGUGACAAGCAUAUAGGCCGCAUAACAAAAGACAUUGUGGAUGAUGGCACAUCGGAGAUUAGUGAUGGUACAGAUACGAAAUCAACAACUCACAAUGUAGUUCAAAACAGAUACACAGCAUUAUUAAAUAAAAAAAUAGUAAACAAUGUGGACCUUGAUGUUGGCCAACUCAUUCAAAGUAAAAAGAAAACUGAAAUGAAAAUUUCUGAAAUUUCACCAAUCAACAAACAAGAUUUGAAAUAUACAGUAAAGGGGCUAUCUCAAAUACACCAAAAUAUGGAACAGAAACACACACGUGAGUUUGCUACACAAAUAAAUAUGGUACCUACUGCAUAUAAAGAUAAAGUUCCAGACCUUGAUGUUGACCAACUGAAUCAAGGCAACAAGAAGACUGAAAUAAAAGUUUCUGAAAUUUCACCAAUCAACAAACAAGAUUUAAAAUAUUCAGUAAAGGGGCUAUCUCAAAUACACCAAAACAUGGAAGUGAAAAACCCACAUGAGCUUGCUACACAAAUAAAUAUGGUACCUACAGCAUAUACAGAUAACGUUCCAGACCUUGAUGUUGACCAACUGAAUCAAGGCAACAAGAAAACUGAAAUAAAAGUUUCUGAAAUUUCACCAAUCAACAAACAAGAUUUGAAAUAUUCAGUAAAGGGGCUAUCUCAAAUACACCAAAACAUGGAAGUGAAAAACCCACAAGAGCUUGCUACACAAAUAAAUAUGGUACCUACAGCAUAUAAAGAUAAAGUUCCAGACCUUGAUGUUGACCAACUGAAUCAAGGCAACAAGAAAACUGAAAUAAAAGUUUCUGAAAUUUCACCAAUUAACAAACAAGAUUUGAAAUAUUCAGUAAAGGGGCUAUCUCAUAUACACCAAAAUAUGGAAGUGAAACACACACAUGAGCUUGCUACACAAAUAAAUAUGGUACCUACCGCAUAUAAAGAUAAAGUUCCAGACCUUGAUGUUGACCAACUGAAUCAAGGCAACAAGAAAAAUGAAAUUACAAUUUUGAAAAAGUUACCCAUGAACAAACAAGAAAAAAAAAGUGGGCUAUCCCCAAUACACCAAAAUAAGGAAUUAAGACACACACACAAACUUGUCUCACAAAAAGGUACUUUACCUACAGCAUAUAAAGAUAAAGCUUCUGGUUUAAUCAUUGAAACCAUGAGGGGUCAUUCUAAAGAUGAAGAUGAAAGUGUUUGCGGAAAAAAACAGAACACAAGUAUGGAGCAUGAAACACUUAUUAGCACUGGACAAAAAAUAAAGGGUAAACUAAAACAAGAAAUAAGUGGUGGAAUCAAAGGAGAUUCUAGCAUAGUCAGGGACAAAAGUGUGGAUGAUAUUAGCAAAGCAUAUUUGGAGUCAGCAGGUUAUAAGACUUUCGAAAAGUCCAGAGAUCAGCCAGCUACAGAUGUGGUCAGUGCUUAUACUGAACAAAACAAAAGUGCUGAUAUGGAAAACCAGGCUGUUCCAGUGGUUGUAACCUCAACGUUAGUCUCUAGUGACCAGCUUGUAAACAAUUUUAAUAAUAUUGAGGACUCAAUGGUUUCUGUAACAUUGACAGAUGUCCAAAAAGAAGCUUCAAGUGAUCUGGCCAUUGAACAUCCCAUGUAUAAACCUGCAAAUGACAGUGCCACAAACCAGAUUGAAGAUAUAAAGACACAAUCUGUAGAUAUAAAUAAUCAUUCUGGUCAAGACAUACCUGUGUUGGUAACCUCAGCUAAACAUUCCUGGGAUCCAGGAACUUAUAGAGUUGAGAAUUUGAUUAACCAAGGGGAAAAUGAUAUGGAUUCUGGUAUAAGAGAUGACCUAUUGGAAAAUUUCACUGAUUUGCUAGUUGAAAAUCACACAGAGAAACCUUCACCACACAUUAAGAAAAGUUCAACUGAAGGAAUAAUUAUAAAAAUUAUUGAGGUGAAGGACAGGAUUGGAGAAGAUUUUACUGGAUUGACUGACUCAUUUGAUGAUUCUAAUAAACACAUUGGUUGCACAAUUAAAGAAGAAUCUGCUAACAUGUCAGUCAUCACUCAGGACAUGUGUACUCAAAAUAUACUUGCUGAUAGCUUUUUAUCUGGAGAAACCAUAGGCCACAAUCUUGAAGAUCAGAUGAAAUUAGGUGAACAUAAUGUAAUCAGUGUGGAAACAAAGAAGCAGCCAGAAGAAAAUUCUACUGUGAUUCAAAACUCAAAAAUUAACAACGUGUUUGAAAAUGUAUUUGAAGUUAAAAAUAGAGAGAUGGAGAAAGAUGUUACUAAUACGAAGGAACAGAAUGUGAAACAGACAAUUGUAUUAUCUGCAGAAAUCAGGGAUCAGCCGCUUGAGAAACAAGAAUAUCUUGGGGACAGAAGAAAAUAUUCAAAUCUUACAUUUUUACAGGAGGAAGAUAAUUCCAAAUUAGAAUGCACCUCAGAUGCCACUGUGAAUGAAAGUAUAGAUGUAGAAAAUUUCAGGAAAAACGUAGAAAAUAUUGUUGCGCGUUCUGAGGCUGUGGACAAAAGUUUUCUUGAAAAGCCAUGGUGGAUGAAAGAAAACCAUAGAUUUGAAUAUACAACGUACCAGGUUGAUGGCUUACUUCCUGUUGCUUCAAUUGAUGCACUUCAAGAGAUAACUGAAAUUGAGACUUGUGGUCAAGGUAGAUAUGCCAAAAUAAAGCAGUCUUUGGAUCAGGUUGAUGAAGUAUCCCCUAAAAAACCUGAAGAUACAGAACUUGUCUAUAAAAAUAAGAAGACAGAAAUAGAUAAUAAUAACUGGACAUCUACGCUGGACCAAGCUAUGGAUGAAUGUGAAAAUGUGACUGUGGAAAAAUCUGAAGAUUUCAUGGAUUUAAAGCUUACAAAAGAAAGAACAUUAGAAAAUGGUCAGGAAAAUGAAGAUCAGAUACACAUAACUACUGAUGUGAGAAAUCAGUCUCAAGAUGCUAUGAACAUUUUUUCAGCAAAUGACAUAGUGGGCCAGGCUAGAAUAGAGAAACUGGAUGUAGAUCAACAUGAAGGAGUUAUUCAUGGUAGGGAAAAUGGUUUAGAUUUUACUCAAGAAGCAGAAACACUGGCCACUAAAGAAUCAAAGCAUGAGAAGAACCAUACAAACAACAAGGUAUUACAACCAAUGGAUACUGCUGUCAAUAUAAGGGAACAUCCACAUGACAACAGCAACAUGGAAUUAAAACAAGAUCUGGGUAAUACUGUUGUAGAUGGGCAGAUGGAAAACGACAUAGCUGUUUUACAGAAACAAUAUCUCCCACAAAAUUUAGAUGAGAGACUUGUUUCCUUACAGGACGUUGAGGGACUAAGACAUUUACCUCUCUUAGAAUUAAAACCAAUGGACAAUCAAGAAAAAGUGAAUGAAAAUGGUACAGAAAGCUCUAAUUCAAUAGCAUCUUUGAUGUCUUCAGAAAUAUUAAAGGCACAGCAUUCAUUUUUGGGGCACACGGAAACCAGAAGUGACUCAGUCAGUGUAACUUCACAGGGUGAUGAUGGACAAAGCCAUUUAUCUUUACCUAAAUUAAAAACAUUAGACAUUCAAAAAAAUGUAUAUGGAUUAUCUACAGGAACUUCUAAUUCCAUAGCACCCAUGAUACCUUCGGAACCAUUAGAUGUAAAAAUUGCAUAUUUAAGUGAUACAGACAGUGCAGGUAAUGCCAUCAGUGUAGCUUUAAAGGUUGAUGAGGGACAAAGCCACUUACCUUUAUCUGACUUAAAAACAAUAGACAUUCAAGAAAAUGUAUAUUAUCUCAAUAGAGAAGCUUCUAAUUCCAUAGCACCCGUGAUGCCUUCAGAACUAUUAGAUAUAAAAACGGCAUAUUUAAGAGAUACAGAGAGCACAGGUGAUGCCAUCAGUGUAGCUUUACAUGGUGAUGAGAGACAAAGCCACUUACCUUUAUCUGAAUUUAAAACAACAGACAUUCCAGAAAAUGUAUAUCAUCUCAAUACAGAAGUUUCUAUUUCCAUAGCACCUGUGAUGCCUUCAGAACCAUUAGAUGUAAAAAUUACACAUUUAAGAGAUACAGAGACCACAGGUGACACCAUCAGUGUGGCUUUACAGGGAGUUGAGGGACAAAGCCAUUUACCUAUAUCUGAAAUGAAAACAAAUGACAUUCAAGAAAAUGUAAAACUCCCUGAAGAAACUUCUAAUUCCAUAGCAUCUGUGAUGCCUUCAGAACCAUUAGAUUUAAAAAUGUCAUGUUUAAGAGAUAAGGAAACCACAGAUGAUACCAUCAGUGUAGCUUUACAGGGUGUUGAGAGACAAAGUCAUAUACCUUUACCGGAAUUAAAAACAAUAGACAGUCAAGAAAAUGAAAAUGAACUCCAUACAGAAACUUCAAAUUGCAUAGCAGAUGUGAAGCCCUCAGAACCAUUGGAUGUAAAAAUGUCAUAUUUAAGAAAUACAGAAACCACAGGUGAUACCAUCAGGGUAGCUUUACUGGGUUUUGAGGGACAAAGUAAUAUACCUUUACCUGAAUUAAAAACAAUAGACAGUCAAGAAAACAUAUAUGGAAGUUAUAAAGGAAUCUCUAAUUCCAUAGAAUCUCUGUUGUCAUUGGAACUAUCAGAUAUACAGUAUUCAUAUUCAAGGGACACAAAAACAAGUGAAACCAUCAAUGUUGCUACAGAAAGUAAUUCAGGCCCAAGCUUAAACUACCAUUUACAAACUUGUAAAGAUAGUCCACAAACUCCAAAAGAAGACAGUAGCGCUGCUAUAAAGAAAAAUGCUGCACCAUGUGAAGAAGAGAAUAUGGAGAGCUGGGUAAAUAAACUGAGACAACUGGAGACCCCGGAAUUUUUAAGGUAUCAAAAACCACGUCGUCAGCCUAAUUCCGCACCACAAUUUAUUGAAAUCACGUUGUCCCCCAUAAAAGAAGAUCAAGGUUCACCAAAAUGUGAUCAGCCGGAUUUCAACUGGCAAUUGCAAGAGAAAGAAGAAACGCUGAAGGUGAUCGCCACUCCCAGUGAAAACAACGCAACUUUGGAAACAAAAGCAACAGAACAAUCUGAACAAUCAGAAGAAUCACCCAAGAAAUUCUCAUGGGAAAGAAGCCUUGAUAAAACCACAGUUAGAUCAUCUCCUUUGGAACUGAUGAGAAAACAUUCAGGAGAGGAGGGUUCUCGAAGUGAAAACUACAAAGCAUUAAUUACACAAAGUCUAAGCCAGCGACAGAGCUCUAUCAUUGGGUCUCUAUUGCUUUUUGACAGAUCAGAUAAAAAAUCAGAGACAUCAGAAGGAAAACCGUUCUCUAGACUGGAAAGUAGCUACCUUCUCAGUAGCUACUUAAAACCAAAAAAAGAUUUACAACAGGAGAAAACAGAUCAAAUAGGGCCACAGGAUAUGUCAUCUACCGAUAGCACAAAUCAACAUACAGCCAGCGACUUCCUAACCAGUGCAUCAGGAACAAGUACAGUAAGUGGCUCUUUAACCAGUGCAUCAGAAGCAAAUACAGUCAGUGGCUCUUUAACCAGUGCAUCAGGAGCAAGCACAGUCAGCGACUCCUUAACCAGUGCAUCCGGAGCAAGCACAGCCAGUGACUUCCUAACCAAUGCAACAGGAGCAAACACAGCCAGUGACCUCCUAACCAAUGCAUCAGGAGCAAACACAGUCAGUGACCUCCUAACCAAUGCAUCAGGAGCAAACACAGCCAGUGACCUCCUAACCAAUUCAUCAGGAGCAAACACAGCCAGUGACCUCCUAACCAAUGCAUCAGGAGCAAACACAGCCAGUGACCUCCUAACCAAUGUAUCAGGAGCAAACACAGUCAGUGACGCCUUAACCAAUGCAACAGGAGCAAGCACAGCCAGUGACCUCCUAACCAAUGUAUCAGGAGCAAACACAGCCAGUGACCUCCUAACCAAUUCAUCAGGAGCAAACACAGCCAGUGACCUCCUAACCAAUUCAUCAGGAGCAAACCCAGUCAGUGACGUCUUAACCAGUGCAACAGGAGCAAACACAGCCAGUGACUCCUUAACCAGUGCAUCAGGAGCAAAUACAGCCAGUGACUCCCUAACCAGUGCAUCAGGAGCAAAUACAGCCAGUGACCUCCUAACCAGUGCAUCAGGAGCAAAUACAGCCAGUGACUCCCUAACCAAUGCAUCAGCAGCAAAUACAGUCAGUGGCUCUUUAACCAGUGCAUCCGGAGAAAGCACAGCCAGUGACUCCUUAACCAGUGCAUCAGAAGAAAACACAGUCAGUGACUUCCUAACCAGUGCAUCAAGAGAAAAUACAGCCAGUGACUCCUUAACCAGUGCAUCAGGAGCAAACACAGUCAGUGACUCCCUAACCAAUACAUCAGGAAAAAAUACAGUCAGUGACUCUUUGACCAGUGCACCUGGAGCAAGCACAGCCAGUGACUCCUUAACCAGUGCAUCAGAAGCAAACACAGUCAGUGACUUCCUAACCAGUGUAUCAGGAGCAAAUGCAGUCAGUGACUCCUUAACCAGUGCAUUAGGAGCAAACAAAGUCAGCGACUCCUUAACCAGUGUAUCAGGAGCAAACACAGCCAGUGACUGCUUAACCAGUGCACCUGGAGCAAACACAGUCAGCGACUCCUUAACCAGUGUAUCAGGAGCAAAUGCAGUCAGUGACUCCUUAACCAGUGUAUCAGGAGCAAACACAGUUAGUGACUCCUUAACCAAUACAUCAGGAGUAAAUACAGUCAGUGACUCUUUGACCAGUGCAUCAGAAGGAAACACAGUCAGUGACUCCUUAACCAAUACAUCAGGAGUACAUACAGUCAGUGACUCCUUAACCAAUACAUCAGGUGUAAAUACAGUCAGUGACUCCUUAACCAAUACAUCAGGAGUAAAUACAGUCAGUGACUCCCUAACCAGUGCAUCAGGAGAAAAUACAGUCAGUGACUCCUUAACCAAUACAUCAGGAGUAAAUACAGUCAGUGAUUUCUUAACCAAUACAUCAGGAGUAAAUACAGUCAGUGACUCCUUAACCAAUACAUCAGGAGUAAAUACAGUCAGUGACUCCCUAACCAGUGCAUCAGGAGAAAAUACAGUCAGUGACUCUUUAACCAGUGCACCUGAAGCAAGCACAGCCAGUGACUCCUUAACCAGUGCAUCAGAAGGAAACACAGUCAGUGACUCCUUAACCAAUGCAACAGGAGCAAACACAGGCAAUGUCUCCCUAAACAGGUCAUUGGGAGAAAACACAGCCAUUGUCUCCUUAACCAGUGUGUCAGGAAAAAAUACAACACAUGACUCCUUAACCAAUGCAACAGAAGCAGUCAAAGUCAGUGAGUCCUUAACUGGUGCCCCGGAGACAAAAACAAACAGUGACUCCUUAACCAGUGCAUCAGUAACUAAAACGAACAGUGUCACCUUAACUGAUGCAUCAGGAGCAAACAGAGCCGGUGACAUCCUAUUCAAUGCCUCAGGAGCACAGAAGCCAGAAGAUAAAGAAGCACAGCUACAAAGUGAUAAUGUCCCAACAUCAGAUUCUACUGAGCUGCUGUCCAAGCUUGGACCACCAGUAGCUUUACCUUGUAAGGUCUUCCCGGAUGUCUGGCAACACCCAGAGAAAAUGCAUGGAAAGCUGAAUCCAAGACCAGGAAAGAUCAUUUUGUUUUCUGAGCCUGGGUUCAGGGGGCACAGACAUGAGAUCUACAGUGAUGUGGGUAACAUGAGUGAUUGGGAUUUGCAGGGAACGGUCUCUAUCUGCAUUGUGCGAGGAGGGUGGCUUCUGUAUGAAAAACCACAAUUCCGUGGCAAGCGUGUAAUGCUAACAGAAGGUGAUACCGAUCUACCCUGUCCUUGGGAGGUGGUAAAAGCAACAUCAGAAACACUCUCAAAUAAUACAAAGAAAUCCAAAUUUUGGAUUGGUUCAUUACGUCAUGUAGUUCGGGAUUUUCAAGUUCCACAGAUAAGUCUGUUUACGGAAGAAAAUGGAGAAGGCAAUAAGGUGACAAUCACUGGAGCCACUCCUGAUUCACGUGUACAUGGCCACUCAACCAAAACAGAAUCCAUCAUUGUACACAAUGGACUCUGGCUGGUGUACAGCAAGCCAUUUUUUGAAGGUGAUCCUUACAUACUAGAACCUGGGGGGUAUCCAAACAGGAAAGCUUGGAAUGGGCAGGACUCACACAUGUGUUCCUUGCAACCUGCACGAAUUGGAGGCCCCACAGUGGAGAAAUCUAAUGAACCUAAGAUUCUUUUAUUUAAAUACCCUGGGUUUCAAGGUCCUGUUUGGGAGGUCUCCAAAGACCUUCACUCCCUGCAGGGUGAACUAAACAGCGAUGGAGAGUGUCUCCUUACUGUGGGAUCAGUCAGCGUACUGGGAGGGUGUUGGGUAGGAUAUGAAAACGAAGGUUUCCAUGGUCAUCAAUACCUUUUGGAGGAGGGAAAAUAUAGAGAUUGGUCUACGUGGGGCGGAUGUUCUGACGAUCUAGGAUCUCUUCGACAUAUUUGUACUGAUUUUUCGGCACCUGAAAUAGUGCUCUAUGAGCAACCUGGCUGCUCAGAUGGUCCUUGCUUACGCCUAAAUGAAGCAUUAUCAGAUAUCGAAUUGGCUCAAUAUGGGACCAAAACAGAAUCCAUCCAUGUGUUGAACGGAGUGUGGGUGGCCUAUGAAAAUGUUGACUUCUCAGGAGAGCAAUACAUUCUGGAGAAAGGAAUCUAUCACAGUUAUCAAGACUGGGGAGCCAAAGAUAGCCACAUCUGCUCUGUACAGCCAGUGCAACAGGUUGGAGGUCAGAGUCUUCAGUAUUCCCCUAAGAUUCAGCUAUAUUCUGAGCCUAACUUCCAUGGUGACUGUAUGACCUUUGUAGAAGAUCACUCAUUGAUCCCAGAAUCCUUCUCACUGCAGUCUUGUCGGGUAGAAGGGGGAAGCUGGAGCCUGUAUGAAGGUGAAGACUAUCGCGGAAAGCAAUACAUACUGUCUGAGGGGGAUUACCCUACAAGAACCGCCAUGGGCUGUCAGGGCUUUAGCACAAUAAGCUCCCUCAAGAGAGUUCCUCUUUAUUUCUCUGUUCCCUCUAUCUCUUUACACGGUCUGGAGAAAUUUGAGGGGAAGGAGCUGAAUUUCACUGGAGAAAUUCGGAGUCUGCAGGGAGAAGGAUACAAUAACCAUGUGCUGUCCAUAAAAGUAAAACGUGGACUAUGGGUGCUGUAUGAACAUAGUGAUUUCCGGGGAAGACAGUGGUUACUGGAGCACACUCAAAUUCCAAACUGGUUGCUUUAUAGUGGCCUCCAGAGAAUUGGAUCACUAUGUCCUAUUAGACAGAGGAGGGUGUAUUUCCGACUACGGAAUCGUGUCCUGGGUCUGUUCUUAUGUGUUCUGGAGCCAACAGAAGAUGUUAGAGCUGCUCGUGUUCAUCUCUCUGAGCCACAGGAGGGGAGUUGUGAUCUCUGGUUCUAUGAGGAUGGACGCAUCAAGAACCAGCUGGUUCCUCAGAUGAGUCUCCAAGUAGUUGGUCUUGCUAACCAAGGGACAAAGGUGGUUCUCUGGUCUGAGGAGCGCAAACCAGUACAAACCUGGACCUUGGAAGACUCUGGUUAUAUCGUCAGUUGUUUGUUCAAAGGCUUGUGUCUAGACAUAAAAGGUGGCCACGGCUAUGACUCUAAACAUGUUGUGGUGUGGGAGGUGUUGGAAGAUAGACCUUCUCAACGUUGGGACCUGGAGGUGUACUGAGAUCUGUCUGACUACUACGUGGGACGCUUUAUGGACCAAUGUGUUUCCUGAUUUCUUAAAUGCUGCUUGUAAAGCUGCUCAUGGAUGCUCAACUUUUUAUAGUGCAAUAUGUAAACCGGAUGUCUAAUCAAAACAUCCUUUUUCAUUUUUUGAUAGGUUAGAGAAAGGUUAGAACCCCAGCUUGGUUUUUAUUGCUAUCUAAAUCCCUGUUUGCAAGAUUUCUCAUACUACCUGUAUUGGUGAUUAGAGUCAUCUGGGAUAGAAGUGAUGAAAAAUAUAUGCAAUGGUGACAGCUGGAAUUUAAAAGUAAAACCGUUUUUGGAAGGUAAGAGAAAGGUUUGAAGCACUGCCAAAUUUGAAUUAUUACCUUUAUUACCAUGAGGAGAAUUGCAGUCAUGUCCUAUCCCACUGCCUGGUACCAAUUUGGACAAGUGAGGACAAAUAUUACUAACAGAGGCAGAAUAAGCAACAAAAAAUAGUGGUUUGAACUCUUCCACUCCAUCGUAAAAAAAAAAUCGACUUUAAUAGCUUCAUAAAGUAUAUAGAUAUUGAACAUAUUAGGGGACUAAAGUGCAGUGACUAUGUGCAAACACCAGUACUACAUAAUACAAAAUCAUAUGGGUUACUACACUUUGCUCAGUCACUGCACGUUAUACUGCCUUAUCAAAUCCAUCUGCUACACUUGGCAUGUAUACUGAGAUCACUCUCUAGUUAUCAGUGGUCUUUCUUAAUAUUUCUGCAACUUGAAAUACAGACCUUCCCAUUCCCGAACGCACACAUUUAUUUUUAGUGAGGGGUGAGGGUGGAGGUUCCUUCCAAGCAAAUCCUGAUUUUCCAAAGUGUGAAAUAACUUUGUAUUAUUGUAUAUAUAUAUAUAUGAACCUAUUAAACUUUACUUAACUCUGAAAUGUGGAACUUCAGGCCAGAUUUACAGGGAAGAACAAGUCCCCCGUUUACAUAGUAUUAAUUAGAAUAUCUGUGCUUCACAGUUCAGAUAUUUAAAUAUUUAUUUUAUAUAUAUUUUUAUACAGUGUUUCCUGAUCUUCAUCUUUUCUAAUUCACAAGUUCUUGGUGGUUUUGUAUAUACUAUUUUGUUUUUGGGAAUUAUUAAAAUGAUUAAACAUGCUUUUGGUGCA